AUGGCGAGGUUACUGCGGAAAAUUAUUUUAUCCACUAAGGCUCCAGCGCCUUCGCCUGUGUAUAGUCAAGCUGUGUCUUUCAACAAUUUAAUUUACCUGUCUGGCUCGCUGGGAGUAAAUCGCGACACGAACAAACUGGUUCAAGGUGGGGCGACUUCCGAAGCCAAACAAGCUUUAGAAAACAUUAAAAAUAUUUUGGAAUCCGGCGGUUCCAAGAUUGACAACGUAAUUAAGGCCACUGUGUAUCUCAAAGACCUCAACGAUUACGCUCAAGUGAAUGAGGUUUAUCAGCAAUAUUUUACUAAGAAUCCACCGGCCAGGACGGCUUUCCAAGUGGGAAAUUUACCUUUGAAUGCUUCAGUAGAAAUCGAAGUCAUAGCUGCUGUCGGAGACGUGGAGACAACCCACACGAAAAUGUAA